UUAGAACUAAGCAACUGAAAAGCGCGGGAAACAAAAGGGGCUUGUAUAAAAUUAGGGUUUGUUUUAACGAUAGAGUGUAGAGUGAAAGCGAUCGUUGUUUCCUUUUGCUCUUCGAUGGACGGUAAAGAUGAAGGAUCAUUGGAGAUGGUGGCGCCGGUCGCCGUCGAUCUGAGCAGAGGCGGUGCCGCGGCGGACCUGACGGGGAAAGUUCAUCAGCUGCCGUGCUGCAUCAAGCACGAUGGUCCCACCCCUGUCUCUCACUACAUCAAGCCCAAACCCACUGAAAUGGAGGUAGAUGGGCUAAAAGUGGAGGAAGCGCACUUCCGAGGGAGGAAAUUGCACGGAACCACUGUUGCUCUUCCACGUGGCUAUUCUGGUUUCAUCCUAGGAAAGAAAGGUCAUGAUCAAGGGAAUAAUGGCACGAAUUCGCAGUGCUGGGAGACAGCUGCGACUUUUGAAGAUAUCACGAUCUGGACUCAUGACGCAAUCCCUUCAAAAGAUGAUGCAUUCUUGCGCGCCUUUCAUUGGUUUACUGCUGCCAAUGCUCUGCAUCAAACUGUAACUGCUGAAGAUCUGGAAUCCGCAUGCAUUGAUUAGGAGCUGGUUUGAUUUUUCUCAGCUAAAUAUAGAUUAUAGUGACAACUUGACUAGGCAGGAAUGUGCUUUCAAUUUGUCUAUGCCUUACAAUAUGCACAAUGCGAUUCUCCAUCAAUAAUUUCUCUGUUAAAUA